GAAACGUUCUGGAAGGAGCUAAUUUCACACGCCUGCUUGUUACCAAGGCGACCUAGGUAUAAACAAACGGCACGUUAACGCGUAGCUCAUCGCAAUAUAAUUCCUGGCGUAUUUUUUUAGGAUCUCGUUCCAUCAAAGGCAUUAACAAAAGCCAGGAUGAAUCUGAGCAAUAUAAAAAGCCGAGAGUUUAAUACUGAGGCAGACUAUGGAAAACUGCGCAGAAUUAGAGCCGAAGAUCUGGAGUGGUCUUUAGCUGUCGUGCCUUCACUGACACAGCUAUGUCUUGAACACAUCGUGCAAAAUUUUGAAGAAAAUCCCAUUGUUGAGGAACUCACACCCAAACAUAAGGCUUCUGUCCUGGAUAAGCUUCCUCCAACUCUGCCUCUGACCUUAACAGCAAACCUGAUCAGCGAUGAGGGUUUCUGGAAGCGUUGCUGUCAAAGCCGUUGGAGGGUGUGCGAUGCCUCUGAUUAUGGCAACAGCUGGAAGCGCAUGUUCUUUGAACGCCAUCUAGAGAACAUCAUUGAACAUUUUCUCCCAGACAUAACUGACAAGCAGUCUGUGCUGGAGAUUGUCCCACUGUGCAGAAACUAUGUAAAGCGGCUGAGGAUCUCACAACUCCUGCCACCAGUUAAAGAGAAGCCAAUGUUUGAAGAUGGUGACAGCGCAGAUUCAGUCAGCGAUUUUUAUACCGAAGGGCCUUCAAUGGAUCACUUUGACUUCCGAAUUCUGCUGGACAAACUGAGCAACCUGGAAGAGCUGCAGUUGGUUUAUGGUGUAAAAAACUGUGGAAUGAACUUUGAGUGGCAUCUGUUUGAGUUUACACUCCGUGACUGUCAAUCAUUGGCUGAGGCUGUGAAAUCCUGCAAAUCCUUGAAGGUUCUCAGAAUCCAUCGGAGCAAUAUGGAUGAUGAGAAGUGUCGCAUACUGGUAAAACACCUGCUGGAUCAUCCAUCCCUGCUGGAGCUCGACUUCUCACAUAAUGUUAUUGGGGAUCGAGGGGCGAGAGCCGUCAGCAAACUCCUCAACCGCAGCUGUCUAGAGACACUGAACAUGUAUGAUAACUGGAUCAGUGGUAUAGGGGCCAAAGCCUUAGCCCAUUCCCUCUCCGAAAACAGCUCUUUAGUGUCACUUAACUUGAGACUGAACCAGCUAGGGGAUGAAGGCGGCCAUGCUAUAGCUCAGGCCCUGCUAAAAAAUCAGACUCUGGUAAACCUUCAGAUAGGAGCCAAUGAGAUGACAGAGGCCACAGCCACAGCAUUCUCACAGGUCUUAGUACAGAACACAACACUGAGGAACCUCAACUUGUCCUGCAACAAACUUGGAAUGGAUGGAGGGCAGGUCCUGGAAGAAGGGAUGUCACACAACAGCAGCUUGCUGGAGUGUGAUAUUCGCCUCACUGAAAUAAGCCUGGAAAGCGAUCACUGUAUCCGAGAGGUACUGUGCACCAAUCAGGACAAAGCCCGGCGCAAACGCUCACAGGACACAGUAAAUGGCAUAUGAACUGUUGUUUAAGAUGCAGCUUGUUUGUUAAAUACUGUAUCACACUGAGAAAAUGAUAGUGCUAUGUAUAUGUUAUGAUUGUAUAAUAGUAUAUACAGUAUAAAGCCCUAGCAUGCAGUUGCUUGUAAUGAUUAGCUCCCCCAUGAAAAGAUUGCAGUCAAAAACUAUGGUGACAUGGUGAAAAAGGAACAUUUAUCCCAAUGGAGUAAGGGGCUGAAACACAGAAUGGAGACAGAUGCUGUUAAUAUUUACCUUAAAACUGCAUGCCCACAUGAGCCCAGGCAAUCUGUUCACUUCAUUUGGAAACGAUCAUUUUUUACCAUUAUUUAUUUUGGACACUGUUAUUACCUGCUGACAUAAAUGUUUUAUAUAUAAAAAAAUAUAUAUAUAAUAUAUAUAAUAUAAAUAUAUAAUAUAACACAUAAUAUAUAUUUAAAAAAAGGUAAAAAAAAAAAAAAAAAUGUAUGGUAAACGAUUCCCGUGUAAAUUGGCAAUUGGGCACAUAUCCCCAGCCUUAUGUCUUUUUUGUUUUCUAGGUAAUCUUACUUAAAUCUCACACACUGCUUGUCAUUAGUCUGUGCACAAAACUGCAAACUAUGUUUAUGAGCCUUCAUUUUAUGCUUUUCUAGUAUAUAAUACCUGGAUAACCCUAAAGUCCUAAGGAAUCGCUCACAAUUUAGGACUAACUGGAUACAGAAAUGACCACCAGAGUCACUUCACUAGAAAGAGUAAUGUUAACUUGUAGAACCUUGAGAAAGUGCACAAUGAUUCUCAGAAGCAUAAUUCCUGGUGUGGCAUGACCCUAUUUCAUGCCCAUAAGGGAAUGUAUACAGAAGCAUGUAUGACUUUCCUUCAUGACAAAUGAAUAGGCAUUAAAUUGUAGGGCAUAUGCUGAAUACAAGUAAUGCUCCACAAGAUUGCCUUCAUGAAAUGCUGACAGGUCAAACUGACUGACUACAAAAAUAGAUUAUGACAGAAAUCUCAGGUUGACCCACAAGAACACUUCAGUAUCAUUACCAGAAUAUAUCCCUUUUUUCACUUUUUUGGUGAAAUGACAUUGAGCAUAAAGGGAUCUUGCAUCAGCUCAUAAGUAUAGGCUUUAAAGACAUGCAGGACCUUUAUGGGUUUUGGAAAAUGAGUUGUGGUUACUUUAAAGUGUUGGACAACAGUCCAUUCAGCCAUAAUUUUGAGAUUCUCAAACCUUUGCUGUCUUCAUUGCUUUUUUGUUUUAAAAUCCAGAGGGCAAAUUUAGGCAGAUCCUGGUAUAGCUCACAAAGUGUCACAGUUGAGCUGACUAUUCAAAUCCUCCUUUAAAGCUUACAAUAAAAUCCUUGCAGUUAUAAUGAAGAUCUUGUUAUCUAGGUGUUUGCAUAUAUAAUGGAAAAGUAACUUUCCUUAUUAAGUUUGAGAUUUUGCUUGAGGUGAUUCUUUAUCAAAUGUAUGCAUUCAUACAACAAAAUUGUGCUUUUAUUUCACUUCAUUCUUAAAACCAAUUGCAGAAGUUGUAGAAAAACAUUUUCACAGAUGACUUUUCUUGAAGUUUUUUUCCACAUACAAUCUUCUUACAUUCAAUGACAUUUUAUUGGUUUUUAUUUCAUUUUCAACACAAGGCAGUAUCAUAUUUACAUCGUCAUAGUUAUACUUUUCAAAAUACAAUUAUUGAUGAAGUUACUAUCAGUUGCCAAGUCAUUUACUAACUAUGGUACUGUAUAACCAACUACAGUAAAAAAAAAAAAAAAAAAAAAAAAAAAAAA